CGUAAACAAGUAAGUACCGUGUACUCAAGAUUGGGCCAUCGCCCACCCGCCUCGUCGAAUGCCGCAUCAGACCGCAAAGUUGCCGUCCCCCACUCCUCAGCCCUCCACUCGAUCUGACCGGAGGAAGGGCUAUGUCUCGGAAACGUUGCGGACGCUCGAUGACACUGCAGCAACAGCAUACAUACUGAUUAUGGGUUCCACCGGAACAGGCAAAUCUACGGUUGGUAUUGUUCAGUAUGCGGACUCCUGGUAUCUGAGUACGCUGCAGUUCAUCAACUUAGUGAGUGGCUCCAAUUUGAGAGUGGGGACCGGACUCCACUCCCAGACAGCCACUGUCGAGCUAUCCAAAAUGUUCGAACACAAAUCUCAGCGAAUCGUCAUGGUGGACACGCCUGGAUUCGACGAUACCAUUGAAUCCGACACAGACGUGCUCAUUACAAUCGCGAGUUAUCUCGCACACUUGUAUCGCGAAGGCAUCCAGAUACGUGGCAUAGCGUACAUGCACCGCAUCACGGACAACAGAAUGGGCGGAACAGCACUCAGAAAUUUCCGGAUGUUUGAAGCCAUCUGCGGGCAAUCCGCUAGGCAAAAUGCGAUCAUAGUCCUGAACAUGUGGGACCAGGUGAAGAAGGACAUUGCCGAAGCACGGGAGAAAGAGUUACGCGAGAGUGACCUCUUCUUCAAACCUGCGGUAACCGCUGGUACACGUACAAUGCGUCAUUGGGACAACAGGGAGUCGGCGAUACCGAUUCUGGAAAAUCUCAUCAAUCAACCUUCAGUCGCUUUGGCGAUUCAGCGAGAGAUCGUUGAGGAGCGCAAAGCGAUUCACCUGACGGCAGCCGGGCUGACGCUCCUCGGGGAGCUCGCUGCAAAGGAAGCCAACCAUGUCGAGGAAUUGCGUCGUAUACGUGAGGAGAGAGAGGAAGCAAGGUCAAGGAGAGACGUGGACGGGGAACUUGAAAGAGACGCAGAAGAGGCGCAGAAGAGGCUAGAAGAUCUGCGAAAAAAGCUGGUGGAUGAGCAACGGAAAUUGCGAAACGCGACGACUACAAGUCGGGAAGUGAGGGUGUCUCGACGUCGACGCGCACAGAGUAGCAGUAGUUGCUGUAAUUGUUGUUGUUGUUGUUGUUGA